AUGGCCGCUAAGUCAGACGGGAGGCUGAAAAUGAAGAAGAGCAGCGACGUGGCGUUCACCCCGCUGCAGAACUCGGACCACUCGGGCUCGGUGCAGGGAUUGGCUCCGGGCUUGCCGUCGGGGUCGGGAGCCGAGGACGAGGAGGCAGCUGGGGGCGGGUGCUGCCCGGACGGCAGCGGUUGUUCGCGCUGCUGUUGCUGCUGCGCGGGGAGCGGUGGCUCGGGCGGCGGCUCGGGGGUCUCCAGCGGCGUUGGUGGCCCCGGCGGCGGCGGGGCGGGCUCGGCAGCGCUGUGCCUGCGCCUAGGUAGGGAGCAACGGCGCUACUCGCUGUGGGACUGCCUCUGGAUCCUGGCCGCCGUGGCCGUGUACUUCGCGGACGUGGGCACGGACAUUUGGCUCGCCGUGGACUACUACUUGCGCGGCCAGCGCUGGUGGUUCGGACUCACGCUCUUCUUCGUGGUGCUCGGCUCGCUCUCUGUGCAAGUGUUCAGCUUCCGCUGGUUUGUGCACGAUUUCAGCACCGAGGACAGCGCCACAGCCGCGGCUGCCUCCAGCUGCCAGCAGACAGGAACCGAUUGCAAGACCACGGUUAGUAGUGGGUCUGCAGCCGCAGAAGGUGAGGUUCGUCCUUCCACGCCGCAGAGGCAAGCAUCCAACGCCAGCAAGAGCAACAUCACCGCUCCCAACAGUGGCAGCAAUAGCAGCGGGGCCAGCAGCAAACACAGGUCUGCCUCCUGCUCCUUCUGCAUCUGGCUCCUGCAGUCACUCAUCCACAUCUUGCAGCUCGGGCAAAUCUGGAGAUAUUUCCACACAAUAUACCUAGGUAUUCGAAGCCGACAGAGUGGGGAGAAGGACAGAUGGAGAUUUUAUUGGAAAAUGGUGUAUGAGUAUGCAGAUGUGAGUAUGCUGCAUUUGCUCGCCACCUUUCUGGAAAGUGCCCCGCAGCUGGUCCUGCAGCUCUGCAUUAUCGUACAGACUCAUAGCUUACAGGCCCUCCAAGGUUUCACAGCAGCAGCUUCCCUUGUGUCUUUGGCUUGGGCCUUGGCCUCAUACCAGAAGGCCCUCCGGGACUCUCGAGAUGACAAGAAGCCCAUCAGCUACAUGGCUGUUGUCAUCCAGUUCUGCUGGCACUUCUUCACUAUUGCUGCCAGGGUCAUCACCUUUGCCCUUUUUGCCUCGGUUUUCCAGCUGUACUUUGGGAUCUUCAUCGUCCUUCACUGGUGCAUCAUGACCUUCUGGAUCGUCCACUGUGAGACAGAAUUCUGUAUCACCAAAUGGGAAGAGAUCGUGUUCGAUAUGGUGGUGGGGAUCAUUUACAUCUUCAGCUGGUUCAACGUCAAGGAAGGCAGGACACGCUGCAGGCUCUUCAUUUACUAUUUUGUGAUCCUUUUGGAAAAUACAGCCUUGAGUGCCCUCUGGUACCUCUACAAGGCUCCUCAGAUUGCAGAUGCAUUUGCCAUCCCAGCGCUGUGUGUGGUGUUCAGCAGCUUUUUAACUGGCGUUGUUUUUAUGCUGAUGUAUUAUGCCUUCUUUCAUCCGAAUGGACCCAGAUUCGGGCAGUCACCAAGUUGUGCUUGUGAGGACCCAGCCGCUGCCUUCACUCUGCCUCCAGAAGUGGCCACAAGUACUCUGCGGUCCAUCUCCAACAACCGCAGUGUUGCCAGUGACCGCGACCAGAAAUUUGCAGAGCGGGAUGGGUGUGUACCUGUCUUUCAGGUGAGACCCACAGCCCCAUCCACCCCAUCAUCUCGCCCACCACGGAUUGAAGAAUCUGUCAUUAAAAUUGACCUGUUCAGGAAUAGGUACCCAGCAUGGGAGAGACAUGUUUUGGACCGAAGCCUCCGAAAGGCCAUUUUAGCCUUUGAAUGUUCCCCAUCUCCUCCAAGGCUGCAGUACAAAGAUGAUGCUCUUAUUCAGGAGCGGUUGGAGUAUGAAACCACUUUAUAA